GUUGCCAGCAGCUCGCACUGGCGAGGUUGUGUGAUGUAACCGGAAGGCUCCAUUGGGAGUUUCGGUGGCUCUCAAUCCGGCCAGUUUGCAUUCAGCGGUGAGAUAAAUUCUAUGGACGACGGCUUGACGCAGAGGAGAUGGUUGUGCAGCGGCAAGCCAUGCCGGCAUGUAAAGACACUGUGCCUCACUUUUAGCUGCUGGGAUCGCGGAAAGUGGUGGCGACAACAUGAUGACUUUGAUUUGGUGGUGCUUCUCGAGUACCCGGUCUCGAGUUCCGGGGUGAAAACCCUAGGUCUGACCUGAAUUGGUUAUACCUGGCGAUGGCGAUGUUUUUGCGUCGUUACCUUGAUGAAGGCAUUGCUCGGAUAUGCUCGGACUUGUUCUUCAGGGUGAAAACCUAGAGUCUGACCUUUGUUGGUCGGGUCCAGUGACGGCGACGUUUAAGCGUCGUUUCCUUCCUGAAGGCGUUGCCGUUGAAGAAACUUUCUCGUUGCGCUUGUUCUGUCAAGAGAUGGUUGGUGCGGAUAUGGUCGUUGAUAUAGUUUAUCAACCGUUGUUUUGAUCGUUUCAGAGUGUUUUUUCUUUUUCUUUUCCCUCGCUUAGGCAUAGCUUGAGACUUUGCUCUUUGCUGGCGUUUUUUUCUCUUUUGUGUGUGUUGGUGUUGGCUGUGUGCAUCCUGGUUAUGCAGAGGCCGGGUGUGUGCUCAAUGUGUUUGUAUCCCCUUGAUGCUUCAUUUUGAGUUAAUAAAAUCCACCCUUUGUCGAAAAAAGAUUAAAACACCUUUGAUUUUUGUAUAGAUGGAGGAAGAAUUAUUUUUUUUCAGGAAGGGAAAAAAACCGGAAAGGCAGCGGCAAGGGCCCGGCCCAGCGUGUCGUCAGUGGACUUGGCUGGCGGGUCCGAUACCGACUGCGUCCAGAAGGAGGGGCUCGCUCGGCUAGGGUUCCUUCCUCUCCCCUAUAUAGAUCGAUUGUGCAAGCAAGCAAGCAACCAACCUCGAAAUCCAACAUCGCCGGUAGAGGGCAAUCUUGUCGAUUGUGCUUCGGAUGGCGGGUAAGGAGGAGGAGCUUUCGAUGGAGGCGGCGGGGAAGUGGAUGCUGAGGCCGUGCACCGCCCCCAAAUCCAAAUCUAUGGAGGCCGGCGACCAUGGUCCGGCGACGCGGUUCCCCUCCAAGAGGAAGGCAGCCGCCGGAUCCAGCUACAAGGAGGGUGAUCAGCUGCCUGAGGGUUGGAUCGAUCUUCCUUCCGCGGCUGGACAAGAUGACCCAGAGGCGUACAAUCUGUUCAAGUUCGAGAGGAGGGAGGCAGCGAUUGACAAGAUGCUGGGGGAGGCGAAGCUGUCGGCCGUCGUCCUCGCCAAGAAGAGUACCAUGGCCCCUACGGCGGCAGCAGCAGCAGAAGCAGCAUCAGCAUCAGGUGGCAACAAGGGCAAGUUUAAGGUGCCGGCGGAUGAUGUCAAGCUCAUCCUGGCACUGAAGAGGAAUGACCUUCCCAGCAUCGACUACCUGGAUGAUCUGGCCGACCUGUACACUCCGGAGGAGAUUGCAGAGAGGAGGCUGCGCCACCAGAGCGAUCUGGAGCUCUUCAAGAGGAUUGACGACGAUUUUGAGGAGUACCAGAAAAAGGUCCGCGAUUCGGUCGACAAAUAUGGCUACUUUGAGGUCGACUAUGACUACGUUGAAGCGAGGAAAAAGAUCAAUGCAUGGACCAAGGCACAGUGGGCCAAGAUCAUUGAAGAUGUCAGUAUCACUGUUUGUGCCCCUGAUGCUGAUCAAGCCACGCUGGGUUACAUCGAGUAUGUCGACUCAGAUGAUGAUGCUGAGUAUGAUGAUGAUUCUGAGUACGAUGAUGAUUCCGAGUCUGAAGACGAAGACUGAUUUUCUCAGCGUUGGAGCGAGAGCUGAGAAUGCCAAGUGGAAGAUGGUCCAUUUUCUAUCUAAUCUAACUAUCUAGCAGUGCCUGUUAUGGCCUAGUACUGGUGGUUAUCUAUCUUUGUUGUAGGCCCAUCUUUAUUAUGUCUGUAUCUAUCUAUGUUAUCGGUAUGCUCGCCCUGUUGAACACCAAGGUGCAAAUAUGUUUUGCUGUCGCAAUAUUGUCGUCGCUGUUCUAUUGAUGCCCAUCAGGUUUUCAAGAGCAUUCUGUUUCGCUAUUA